GCUGUCUCGAGCACGAUUAAGAAGACGCCCGCGAGGCGCGGGUGCGUUCCACGACGGUGGCGGCGGUAAUAGGUCUGUUGAAAAUGGUUUUGGUGAUCGGGCAAGGGAGUGGCGCCUACGACAAGCGCCGCGAACAGCGGCCGUGUCGAUGGAGUACGGGGACGGAGGAGUGAGGAACCGGGGCUUGAUGGAGGCUGGGAAAGGACGGCGACUGCUACGGAGAUGCGCCGAGUCUUCGAGCACCGUUCUGAAGACAGGCUCCCGUCGUCUGCAGAGCGGUGGCGGGCUGCCGAGGCACCGGCUACUACACGCGUCAGCAGAAGGAGGUGGCGGCAGCGGGGGCCAGGUGGCGGUGGAACCUAGGACGGCGGCAGCAACUCAAGCGCCCACCGGAGGGGGAGAGUUGCCGACGCCAGCACCGGCGGAGAGCGAAUGGGAGUCCAUCCUGCGGGAGAGGCUUGAGCGCAAGCUGCGCAAGCCCGGCCGGAGGAAACGCGCGCGGGCAGCGGCAACCGCCCGGACUUCUCCAAACCCCACCUUUUCCUCGCCUCCGACCCAGUGGCAGCAGCAGCAGCAGGAUGUGGAAUCGCACUUUCCGGCCAAUAAUGACAACCAGAAAAAACAAUCCGAGGUUGGCGGGACAGCAGAGGCUGCAGCUGCGACACCUCGGUUUUCCGGGGCGACGACCUCGGAAGCGGGAGCCGGGACGGAACCGGAAACUGGGACGUACGGAAACGCGGAAACGGUGAAGAAGGAGAGCCUACGGGAGGAGGCCAACCAGGGCCGGAGGGGCGGCGCGAGGAGGGCAGUAAGAGGAAGGGUUAGCCCGCCGCCGCUGAAGCGGCGGCCGCCCGGGGGACCGUUCGGGGCGAGCAAGGCGGUGGCCUGGCACGCGCAGCAGGUCGUGCAGUCGGCGGUGACGCCUUUGCAGGCCAUGCGAGCUGUGCUGGACCGGCCUUUGCGGUCUAACUACGUCAGCGUGUCGACAGCGUUGAACCGGGUGGCCAAGCUCGCGGCGUCGAGGAGGCGAGGUGGCGGCUUGAAGGGGGAAGAGGAGCCCAAGUACCUCGGCAUUUUGCUCAAGGUUACGGAAGAGCUCGUGGAUGCGGACCUGGUAAACGCGCGGAACCUAGCCCAGCUGCUGUGGUCCCUCGCCAAGCUGGGGAACCCCGAGGCCUCGUCGGGGGAAGUGCUGGAACACCCCGAAGAGGGGCUCGGUGAAGUGGGUCCCCUGAGGUUCGGCAGCGGCGCUCGCGAGAAGGGGGACACGCCUCCGGUUCCGUUAGGGCCCCCUUGCGAGGGUCGCCUCCCGUCCCUCCUGGCCGGAAAGCUGUCCGAGAGGGCCAUGGAGUGCAAGCCCAAAGAGCUGGCCAUGGCGGCGUGGGGUCUGGCGGUGCUCCGGGAGCGCGACGAGAACCUGCUGUCCGCCAUUGCGGAGGAAGUGUCUCUCAGGACCGAUGAGUUCAAGGGGAAGGAGUUGGGGAACAUCGUUUGGGCAUUCGCGGUGCUUGACUUCAGAGAUAAGGAGAUGCUGGCGGCAGUGGCCGAGGUCCUGUCGCCUGAGCCGCUGCAGUGGCGCGGCAGGGUCUCUUGGGAGUGGAAGCAGGGGAAGAAGAAGAAGAAGUCCGGACGGGUUGGCAAGGGCCACGACAACUGGACGACGGGCUUCUGGAAGGCCACGAUCGACCGCACCUGGGCCAUGAGGCUCCCGGGUGGCGCGCCGCCGGCCCGGCCCGCAGCGAUGGUCAUGGCCGAGAAGGAGCGGCUGGCGAAGACCGCAAAGGGAGCCUCCUCCUCCUCCUCCUCCUCCUCCUCCUCCUCCUCCUCCU